AUGAUUGUAUUUAAUUUUAUAUAUGAAAUUAGAAUAGAACUUCUUAAUUAGUUUUAGAUUAUUACGAGACUCAUCAAAAUAUAGAUAAUAAUUUGUUAGAUUUUAUUAAAAUUGUGAAAUCAUAUUCACUGUUAUAAGACAUCAAUAAGGAUAAACCUUUAAUGAAUCAAAUAUUCUCUCAACUUGCUUGA